AUGGGAAGGAGACAGGCCACAGAUGUAUACACAUUCCAGAAGCUGGCCGAGGUGCUGAGCAGCCAGUACGGGCUGGUCGUGUUCGUGGCGGGGCUUCUGCUCCUGCUGGCCUGGGCCGUGCACGCCUCGGCGGUGGGCAAGAGCGACCUGCUCUGCUUCCUCACGGCGCUCAUGCUGCUGCAGCUGCUCUGGAUGCUGUGGUACGUGGGCCGCAGCGCCGCGCAGCGCCGCCUCAUCCGCCCCAAGGACACGCACGCCGGCGCGCGCUGGCUCCGCGGUAGUAUCACAUUGUUUGCGGCCAUUACCAUCAUCCUGGGAUGCCUUAAAAUUGGGUACUUCGUUGGAUUUUCUGAGUGUUUAUCAGCCACUGAAGGAGUCUUUCCUGUCACACACGCAGUACAUACUCUGUUGCAGGUGUAUUUUCUUUGGGGGCAUGCAAAGGAUGUCAUCCAGUCUUUCAAAACCCUGGAAAG